AUGUUCGGAGCGGCUCCCGUUAUCUUGCUUGUUUUAAUGUUUAACGCUACAAUGCAAUUGGCUCCAAAUCUUUGUGAAAAAUACCCAGAGCGUAGAUACUGCAUAAUUGAAUGGAUGUCCAGAGAGAGAUGGGCACAUUCUGAAAGAUACACGUAUAAAUGGGAUAGGAAGAAAUGCUUGCUGAUCCGGUGGGCGGAUUAUUGUGGUGCGCCACUUCCCAACACUAAUAACUUUGAGUCUGAAGAACAAUGUUAUUCUGAGUGCGGUGGAGUAUUUAAGCGAUUCAGGGAAGUUAAUCCAGAGGUGAUACCAAAGAGUAUGACUGACAACCAAGCUCAUACCAUAGUAGUUCCGGUUGAAGAAAUAGAAAAACUACCGGAAUUGAAGGAAAACCCUUUCAAGCGCCGCAUCUGUCAAGUAUUUUCGCAUGAUUCCUCAGGUAACCUGACUUUUGAGGACUUUUUGGAUAUGAUGUCCGUGUUUAGCGAGGCUGCACCGAGGGAUAUAAAGGCGUGGUACGCAUUUAGAAUCUAUGACUUAGAUGACGACAAGUAUAUAGGUCGGGAAGAUCUGUUAGAAGCGACGAAAUUACUCACCGCAGGACAAUUGCAAGAGAGUGAACGAGAAGAGAUCGUAACAAGCGUUCUUGAUGAAGCAGAUGUAGACGGCGAUGGACGACUUUCAUUCAUGGACUUUGAGCACGUGGUGGCGCGUGCUCCAGACUUUGUUUCGACUUUCCAUAUUAGAGUAUAA